GUUUGCUUGUUAGAACAGAAAAUAUAUAGCCUUAUUUAUUAUGACCAUCAAUUUCUAUAAAGAGAUUACAAACUUCAGAUGAAUUUGUUUUGCUUCUAUUAACUAGCAGAAAACUGAACAGACUGGUUCUUUGUGCGAGUGUUUGCUGAGUAAAAUAAAGUGUGAAGGUCAAAGUUUGCCGAAAGAGGGAAAUAUGAAUGUUACGUCAACAUGGCCGGCUUCCCCUUCUAUUUUGAAGUUCAUGUUGCUGUUUGUCAUAGUCUGCGGCAUCAGUCAGACAUUAGGCGCCGCAGUUCGUUCCGAGAGAGCAGCAACUACUAAAGCAUCAUCUUCCAGUGCUAAUAACCCCAAAACGAAAUCUACAGUUAUGCACAAAAAUUUUGAAAACGCCGGCAAGAAAGCUGGUUUGGAAAUAUGGAGAAUCGAGGAUUUCGAACCAAAACCAUAUCCAAAAGAGAAUUAUGGCAAAUUUUAUUCCGGCGAUUCGUUUAUCGUUCUAAAUACUAAAGAACAAGGCGGAAAGUUUAGUUGGGAUAUCCAUUACUGGUUAGGAAACGAUACAUCGCAGGACGAAGCGGGUUCGGCGGCUAUCUUUGCUGUACAACUAGAUGAUGGUUUGGGAGGCGUACCCGUGCAAUACAGAGAAGUCCAAGGACACGAAUCUGAUCUUUUCGUGUCCUAUUUCAAAGGAGGAGUUCGUUAUCUACCUGGCGGUGUUGCUUCUGGUUUCCAACAUACCGAAAUAAACCCUGAUGGUGCUAAAAAAUUAUACCAAGUGAAAGGGAAAAAAAAUAUUCGUGUAACUUUGGUUCCUGUCAAUGUGAAAUCUAUGAACAAAGGAGACUGCUACAUUUUAGACUCUGGAAAAGAAUUAUUCAUCUAUUGUGGAGAAAAGUCCAAACGUACUGAACGAUUAACAGCUGCGACGGUUGCGAAUGAAAUUCGCGACGAAGACCAUAAAGGAAGGGCACAUGUGACAAAAAUAGAGGUCGGUGAAAGUGGCGAUGAAGAUGUGGAAAAAUUCUUCAAAGAAUUGGGAUCUGGUUCGCCGAAAGACGUUGCUGAUGCUCCAGCUACAGAUGAUGACGAAGCAUUCGAGAAGAAACAAGAUUCUGAUGUAGCAUUAUACAAAGUCAGCGAUGCAAGCGGUAGCCUGAAGACUGAAUUGAUUAGUCAAAAACCACUUAAGCAAUCUCUUUUGAAAACUGAUGACUGUUUCAUUCUUGACACGAAGACUUCGGGAAUAUACGUUUGGAUUGGUAAAAAGGGAACCACACAAGAGAAAACUGGAGCGAUGAAAAAUGCCGAAGAUUUCAUAAAAGCUAAUAAGUAUCCUGCAUGGACUCAGGUAACUCGAGUGGUUGAAGGAGGAGAAGCAACUGCUUUCAAAAAGUAUUUCAGUGACUGGAGAGAAGGCUCCAUGGGUUAAGCUUAAUGACUCAAAAUGUUUUUUUUCUACGCUUUGAAUACGUUUCAAUUUUAUUUUUAUGAGCUUACAUCAAUUUUUAUUGUUGUAUUCGUUUUGUUAUAUAAUUAUUUGCAAUGCUUUUUGGAAUUUUAUUUUUAAAUAUACGUUUUUCAUACUGCA